UUCGGCUCACUUGCAAUUGCCUGCGAGAUAUCCCAGUCUCCGCUUGCUUGCUUCAAAGCAAUCUCGUUGGUCAUACAGAGUCACCUGACAAGUGCACCGCACUUGACGGCUGAUACACAACUGUCAUCGUUUCAAGAGCAUCUUUGGCUCACCUCAAGAACUGCUUGAUCGCUUCAACACCGCAGUGGACGGCUGAUACGUAACUGAUCUCUUCAAGAGUCGAACUGGCAUCUUCGGCUCUGUAGAGUUGCAGGCUUUUGAGGACUAGAACCGCGUGUGAAUUGGCCCUGCGGCAUGGUCUUGGCACUGCCUGAGAGCCUCACAGCGGACAGCGCAAUUGCCGCAUCGUGCGCGUCCUGUCUCCUCGAUGCCACAAUCAAAGAGCGCCGUUUUUCGCUGCAAGGUGAAUGAUCAUGCCGGGGAAAGAAAAGUAUGCCGAGAACGCUGAGAAUGCAGAACCUCAGUAUUCGGGCACGCUGUGCAGUUGGCAUGCAGUUCAGCUUAAAGGCAACGUUUACUGCAAAAUUCUCAGCCAGCUUUGGGAACAAGUGUUCUUCGCAGAGCCAACCUUCAAUCUGAACCGAGGUGCUGGCGCUUGGAAGAUUUCAUGAGGAAGAAUUUUGGGGGACGCAUUGGUUUAGGUGCUGUGGCACUGGGAUCUUGACACGCAAUCCAGCCGAACCUUGGGUUGUCAUGAGCUUGCGGCUCAACAUUCAAGACUUUGAAGAAGAACUACAGCCCAAUGCCCUGCUUGCUUAAAUUCAAUGUAUGGAAAAGGGCGGAAAAAUCUGGAACAUGUGCAUGGUCUGUCAACAAGUUCUGACAGCAAAGCGACUGGAGAGGGUAAAGAACGCCGGCAAAUGUGUUGUGAUACAGAGCUGUGUUUGCCCUACACCUUCUGUUCCAGCUGAUGCUUUCUUCACAAAAUACCGAGCCUGGCGACAUCUCGGACGCCACAAACACAGCUUGCGAAGCCACGGCAGAACAAACUUUGUUGAGAAGAACUCUCCAGGAGGUCAACAUCCGUGGCAAACAGUACGACAGUCAGCACAAUUCCAUGGUACCUGACGGUUCCAGACUUGAGACCAAAUCUUGCUGCGCUCAGUAUUCGGGCACGCUGUGCAGCUGGCAUGCAGUUCAGCUUAAAGGCAACUUUUACUGCAAAAUUCUCAGCCAGCUUUGGGAACAAGUGCUCUUAGCAGAGCCAACCCUCAAUCUGAACCGGGGCAUGGUGCGGGGUGCGUGCCAGCAAGAACUCACUCAGCACGACUCACGCAUGGAAAGCUUCAAGCCUUCUGCGGAUCGACACGAACUGAGGUGGAAGCAGGCACACGCACAGUGAAAUGACUGGAUUUGAGCAAAGGUCCAAAACUGCAGCCACAUAUCAUCAGUUGCUGGCGCUUGGAAGAGUACAACAAGAAGAAUUUUGUCGGGUUCAGAGCAAGCUU